UGGCGCGUAAAUUCCCCGUCUAACUUCCCCUCUCUCUCUUUCUCUUUCUCUCUCUAACCGACAGAUACUGAUUUAUGCUUCCUUAACACUCUCCCCACACCCACCACCUCAACCUGACUACCCCACCAACACCUCCACCUGACUACCCCACCACCACCGGCCACCAUUACCACCAUCUCACAUCCGCCACUAACCUCCUCCCCUCUCUCUGUCUCCGCCUCAUGGAUUUCACAUCCCGAGGCAGAUCUUACAACACUCUUCUUCUUCUCCCCCUUCGAAUUUUCACAUUCUUAACAAUUUUCAACCUCGCAAACGCUUCAAUUCAUAUUUAUAACAAGGAAGUGUUUAACGAAGUCGGAAAUGCUUAUCUUUUAUCAGGCGGUAGCGAAGGCAUUGUCGCUUCUCAAUUCAGUACGGGACGCUCUUUUAUCAGAUUUAAAGAUAUCACUUUUUGGAGGACUAAGGAAGCAGCUGAUGAGCAUUCCAGUAUGGAACAUAGUACGGGGCUGAUACAGGUUGUGAUGUUUGAGGCAGCUGACCGGAAUAAUAUUGGUGGUUCGGCUUAUGGUGGACAAAGAUCAAUUUGUUGCACUCCUGAUCUUGCUAAAAUAGAAGGUUGCAAACAAGGUGAAGUCAUUAGGAUACCUUCAGCAACACAUGUGAAUUGGCCUAUGGUUUUGAAUGUACAAUUCAGUGCUAACUCCUUAACAACAGAGAUAAGGAAUGAAGUGGUUAACAUUACAGAGACUGGAAUGUAUAACUUGUUCUUUAUCACUUGUGAUCCAAAACUUAAGGGAUUGGUAAUGAGUGGGAAGACAGUUUGGAAGAAUCCUGAUGGUUAUUUGCCUGGUAGGAUGGCCCCUUUAAUGAAGUUUUAUGUGUUUAUGUCUCUUGUAUAUCUUUUGCUUAGUGUCAUUUGGUCAACUCAGUAUAUGAGGUUUUGGAAGGAUAUAUUGCAACUUCAACAUUGCAUUACAGCUGUUAUUGCUUUAGGAUUAUUUGAGAUGAUUCUUUGGUAUUCUGAGUAUGCAAAUUUUAACAGCUUGGGAACAAGGCCAGUUGCAAUUACAACUUGGGUAGUGACAGUUGGAGCUAUUAGGAAAACACUUGCCCGUCUUCUCAUACUUUCAGUUUCAAUGGGCUAUGGUGUUGUGAGACCCACUCUUGGUGGUCUUACAUCAAAGGUGCUUCUUCUUGGGUUUACAUAUUUUUUGGCAUCUGAAUUACUUGAUAUUACAGAGUAUGUGGGAAACAUUGAUGACAUAGCCGGAAGAGCGAGACUGUUUCUCGUCCUUCCUGAUGCAUUCCUGGAUGCAUUUUUGAUAUUGUGGAUAUUUACAUCUCUUUCGAGAACAUUGGAGCAGUUACAGGCAAAACGAAGUUCUGUGAAGUUGGAUAUUUACAGGAAGUUCUCAAAUGCACUAGCUGCAGCAGUGAUAGCUUCUGUUGCUUGGAUAGCUUAUGAGGUUUACUUCAAAGCAACUGAUCCAUUCAAUGAGCGGUGGCAAAGUGCUUGGAUCAUUACAGCAUUCUGGGACAUUCUUGCAUAUGCCUUGCUUUGUGUUAUUUGCUAUCUUUGGGCUCCUUCUCAAAGCUCACAACGGUAUGCCUACUCAGAAGAAUUAGGAGAAGAAUAUGAUGAAGAAGAAGCUCAAUCACUAACAAGGGGAAAGCCCGAGGGUGAUAUCAGUUUGGUCGAAAAGAAUGCAACGAGCACUGGUGUGUAUGAUCAAGAAGAUGAAACCGAAGCAGAAGAUAAAAGACGGUGACUUUUGGCAAAACAUAUUCCGAAUCUCAACCUCAUAUACCUGUCAAUCUGAGCUCAAAGAGGUAAUUACCCCUUCUCUCGGCCUGUUGUCUGUUGAGGUUCAAAAUUUUGACUAAAUCUGAUCUACAAUUACACUGCCGAUUUGUUUUAUUGCUCCUGUAACACCUAGUUUGUAUCAAUGUAUUAUAUCAAUUAAGAAUGGCUUGCAUAAAGUUGUGUUUACAUUUUUUUUCUUUCAAUAGGAGUAUAGUAGAUACUGUAUUUCUUUAUUUGAAAACCCAAUUUGAGUUGUGCUAUUUAAUCCAAUGAUUAUGUUAUAUUA